GCACAACAGUUUGAAAAGGUUAUCAACAUACUAUUUAGUUAUCGUCAUGACUGGUUAUUGGAUUGUUGUAUGUGUACCAAAGGAUGACGUUCCCCACAAGAACGCGGAUUAUACUUUAACUGGAGAUAGUUCUGGUCAUCUUAACUUCAAACCCAGAUAUUCUUUGGUUGAGGCAUUGCAACAAACGUUGAAAGAAUUUGAUAUUAUAGAUGCUGUUUGGACUUCUUCUGAGAAUGACAAAGUUUAUCAGGUGUUUUUUCCAUGCCAAUCUGCACAUGAUACCGACGAGCUUUUAGAAAAAUUAAGGUCCUACGAAAUAUCCCAGAAAAAUGGAUCCUCUAUUGGGUAUGUACCGUUUCAUGCUCG